AUGAUCAUGGAAUAUCAGUGCCUUGUAGAUCAAGGCUGUAGACAUCAUGGGAUUUCGAGCUAUGAGCCUAGUUGUCAUCAGUCUCUGGCAUUGACCCUUGCCUUGAUGUCUAAUUCGAAUAAAAAGCUUUCCAUUGAGGAACGGCUCUCUCUGGCUGCACGGGCCAAAUCGAGAAGAAAGGGAAAGAAACCUGAUUCGCCAACGCCGAGCCGUGCAACUUCGGAUUUGAAUAUUGAAGCAAAGGGCAGCGAAUCACCCGACUUGGUCCAACCAGCGGGGCGUGAAGAAGAGAUACAUGUAGAACUUGCAAAAGACGGCCCGUCUUCGGCAUGUGAGCUCGACGCUAUUCUUCCGUCCGAUUACCGUGACCUGCCAGCGGAAACUGUGGUUGACAUUUUAAAACCCUACCUGAGAAAGCAUGUCGAAAGCUUAGCGCCGCGGGGCCAACCCUCUGGUUCAAGCUUAAUGAAACUGAUUAGGGAGAAAGACAACAUAAUCGAGGAACUACGGGAGGAAGGUGAGAACCUGUCUAAAUUAGAACUGCGCAACAAUUCUACCAUUAAAGAGCUGCGAGACAAACUGAAAGCUACGGAGAAGUCACUAGACUCCAAAAAGAAGCUCCUCGACGCUAAGUCAGCUGCAAAUGCUUUGUUGGAAAACAGGCUUGAGGAGAUGCAGUCCCAAAGGAAAGAACUUGAGCGGCAACUAGAUUCUACCACCAGCGAGCGAGACCGGGCGACCAAGGACACCGAAGAGCUCAAGACAGAAGUAUUGAGCAAGCUUAAAAAAUCACUUGAGGAUGCAGAGAGCCAAAGCGCUCAGUCACAGUUGCAGGUUAGAAGAUUACGAGAUCAAAAUGAGGAAAUUUCUAUCAAAGCAAGUUUGAAAUAUCAGACACUGGACGAAACUUCACGUUCUGAAAUUACACGGUUAGAGACAAAACUUGAAGAAAUGAGAAUAAAACUGUAUCAAUUUUCAAGCACCCAACCGAAAGGGGGCGCCGUUGAAAAUUCAGCUAGUGGUUCGAAGCUACUGUCGAAAUACAAUGCUUUAGAGAAUCAGUUGAAAGCCAGUAGGGGUAACUGGUCGAGCAUAGAAUCUUCUUUCAGGCAAAGAACAUACGAACUAGAAGCAAAGCUCGAAAGCACUCAGCGAGCGCUUGAUGCUGCUGAAGAAGCACUCGGAGCAGCAAAAAAAAACCAGACUUCAUUAAAAUCCGCCAUAUCUUUUUAUAAAGCCGAAAAAUCUUCGCUAGAGAAAGAGGUUAGCAGGUUGACAGAUAUCACCCAGAGCCUCGAAAUUGAUCUGCGAAAUGUCAGGGAAGACCUGAAGCUAUGGCAAGAAAAAUAUCGAAUCCAGAAGCUGGAGCUGGAAGAACAUCUCGUUAAGCCAAAGAAACCAUUAGAUUCGCCGCGCGAAGACAACCAAAAAGCAAGGCCAGAAAGGCCCUCGAAUGGGGAACAAAAGAUUGAACGUAUUUCCGAUUGGGAAAUUCAAGAUAUUGAGAAUUUACAAGAAUCCUUCGAGAAUGAAAAUGAGACGUCGGGCCUAGGAUCUCAAUAUAGCUUAGGGGAGUUCUCACAGAACGAGGAGAUCGAGUUUUCUAGCUCCCUUAGGAAAAGCAGUUUGGCUUCAUUGGAUUUAACUCCUUCUCAGCAGCAGAAAACUGUUGUCAAACCGUCCCAGAACAGUCAAAUGAACGCUCAAAUGGUAUCUCGCUUAGGUAGCCAGAUAAGAAGGCUUGAAACAGAACUAGCUUCUUUGAAAGAUUCAAAUUCGCGAUUACUGAAAGAGAAACAGAACAUCAAUGACACGAUAGUCAAGUUGAUGGAAGAAAACAGCAAUGCAAACAAAACAAAAUCACAGCUUAAAGAAUCUUUGGCUCAUUCGGAUGCUCUGGAAAAGAAACUAAACGCCACGCUACAAUUGCUUGGGGAAAGGUCAGAGAGAGUGGAAGAGCUGGAGAAUGAUGUCGAUGAUUUGAAAGAGUUGAUGCAAAUGCAAGUUCAACAGAUGGUCGAGUUACAGGAACGCGUCAGAUAA